AGAAAAAAACUAAAUUACGCAAGCCAUGAAUACUCAAUUUUUCUUACCACUUUGCCUUUUGUUUCUCCCACUAUUAAUACCAUGUACCUGUCAACAAUUUGCAUGCGACAAGAGCAAGCCUGCAACAAGCCAGUUCCCUUUCUGUAACACCUCUUUAACUUAUCAGCAGCGAGCCGAGGACCUCGUUUCACGCUUGACUCUCAAAGAAAAGGUGCAACAGUUGGUAAACAAAGCCACAGGGAUUUCCAGGCUAGGCGUGCCCGCAUAUGAAUGGUGGUCCGAAGCACUUCAUGGAGUCUCAGACGUUGGUCCAGGGGUACAUUUCAAUGGCACAGUGCCUGGUGCAACCAGUUUCCCUGCUGUAAUUUUGUCGGCAGCUAGUUUUAACACGAAUCUAUGGUUUAAGAUGGGGCAGGUUGUGUCAACCGAGGCUCGAGCCAUGUACAAUGUUGGUCUAGGCGGGUUGACAUAUUGGAGUCCUAAUGUUAAUGUGUUCCGUGACCCAAGAUGGGGACGUGGCCAAGAAACGCCUGGUGAGGACCCUCUGGUGGUUUCAAAAUAUGCUGUGAAUUAUGUUCGAGGUUUGCAGGAAGUGGGCGGCGGAGAGAGUUCUACUAAUGACAGGCUUAAGGUUUCAAGUUGUUGCAAGCAUUAUACUGCUUAUGAUGUUGAUAAUUGGAAAGGCGUUGAUCGAUUUCACUUUGAUGCUAAGGUGACCAAGCAGGACCUGGAGGAUACGUAUCAGCCUCCAUUUAAGAGCUGUGUAGAGGAGGGACAUGUCAGUAGUGUAAUGUGUUCAUACAAUAGAGUAAAUGGAAUCCCCACCUGCGCUGAUCCAGACCUUCUCAAAGGUGUUAUCAGAGGCCAAUGGGGUCUUGAUGGAUAUAUUGUCUCAGAUUGCGACUCUAUAUCGGUUUAUUACAAUUCCAUUCAUUACACUGCCACCCCUGAAGAUGCUGUAGCUCUUGCCCUGAAAGCAGGGUUAAACAUGAAUUGCGGGGACUAUUUGGGGAAGUACACUGAGAAUGCAGUGAACUUGAGCAAGGUUGAAGAAUCUGUUGUGGAUCAGGCCUUGAUAUACAACUACAUAGUUCUCAUGAGACUUGGAUUUUUUGAUGGGGAUCUCAAAUCGCAACCAUUCGGAAAUUUAGGACCGCCUGAUGUAUGUACAGAGGAUCAUCAGUUAUUGGCGCUUGAUGCAGCAAAACAAGGAAUAGUUUUACUGGACAACAAUGGAGCUCUUCCUCUGUCUUCUAAUACCACCAAGAACUUAGCAAUUAUAGGACCAAAUGCUAAUGCCACCAUGGUUAUGAUAAGCAACUACGCCGGUAAACCUUGCGGCUAUACUAGUCCUUUACAGGGGCUGCAAAAGUAUGUGUCAUCCGUGACAUAUGAACCGGGUUGUAGCAGUGUAAAAUGCAGUGAUGCAAGCCUUAUUGAGCGGGCAGCUAAGGCUGCAGCGACAGCUGAUGCGGUGGUGGUAGUCGUGGGGCUCGAUCAGUCUAUAGAAGCGGAGGGGCUUGAUAGAGAUAACUUGACUUUACCAGGAUAUCAAGAGAAGAUGGUGGUGGAAGUGGUUAAUGCAACAAAUGGAACUUUGAUUCUUGUUAUAAUGUCUGCUGGUCCUAUUGAUGUCUCUUUUGCGAAGAAUAAUAGCAAGAUUGGGGGGAUACUCUGGGUGGGAUAUCCAGGUCAAGCUGGAGGAGAGGCCAUAGCUCAAGUCAUUUUCGGAGACUACAAUCCUGCUGGAAGGUCUCCUUUUACUUGGUACCUGCAAGACUAUGUGGAUGAAGUUCCAAUGACAGACAUGAGAAUGAGAGCCAACGCCACAGCCAACUUCCCUGGAAGAACCUACAGGUUUUUCUCGGGCAAAUCCAUCUAUGGAUUUGGUCGCGGACUAAGUUACUCAUCAUUCUCCAAAUUCAUAAUAUCUGCUCCUACCACAUUGCUCAUCCAACCAAAGCCACACAUUAUUCACUCUUCCAAUGGAGAAGCCAUCGAUGUCUCGACAAUAAACUGCGACAAUUCACAUUUUGACGCUGUCAUUGGCGUGAAGAACAGUGGUCCGAUGGACGGUGCUCAUGUGGUACUAGUGUUCUGGAAGCCACCAAUCUCAGUAGUCACAGGUGUACCCAAUGUGCAGCUGGUUGGAUUCGAAAGGGUGGAGGUGAGAAAAGGCAAGACCAUGAAUGUGACAGUAAGGUUGGAUUUGUGCGAGGGACUCAGUGUUGUGGAUAGUGAAGGAAAAAGGAAGCUAGUGAUGGGGCAGCACAUACUGAUUAUUGGGUCACCUAGCGAGCGCCGAGUGAGGCAUCACGUCAAUGUUAGGGUUGCAAAAAGUGGAAAUGAAGGAGUCUCUGCAUCCAUGUAGUAAAUGUCAGCAUUAGUUAUCCACACCAGUUACUAUAGCCUAUAGCAAAUUUAUAGUGCAGUGUAAUAAUACAUAGUUAUGGGUUCAGAAAUAUCUAUUAUAAAUCCUGGUUUACAUUUCUCACUGAACAACUGAGUCAUAUGCAAUAUGACACAUUCAACUUUAGUCUAAUCAAACCCGGGGACUCGGUCAAUUUGAGGAAUAUGCUUUCUUUUAGGGAGUUAUCUAUGUAAUGUAACUGAUCCAAUAAAGUUACUGUCUCUUGA